AUGGUUCUGGGACACUUAGCUAACCACAACAUCCAGAAGGCCGAGCGAGCAUCAUGGCCCAGCGUGUGCGCGGAAUGGCGCGACUUCUUCGAGACCCGCGCCUUUGCGUGCCUCACGCUCCAGUCGUCCAACGAUAUCCUGGCGUUUUCUAGUCUUGACCAUCACCUACGAGACAAGGUCAAGAAGGUCAGGCUACACGUCCCGCUGAGGCGGUAUGACUGCACAAGCUGCGACAAACCCGAGAAUUGGUGGGAAGCCGAAGCGAAUGACGAGGCCUUCAGCGUACGACUACUUGCGCUCCUGCAUGUCUUAACAGACUGGCAACCAAGAGAAGACGAGGGACUUGCACUCGAGAUCAGCACAGCGUCGCCGAGCGAUACACAGCACUAUUUUGUGCCACCUUUCCACACUCCCCAGGAGUGGCAAGAAUAUGACAGAGGUCACGGGUCUCAAAGGGGCCCGCCGGACCUGUUGGCCAUACGGGGUGCCAGACAGAGGAUGCUCGGGAGCCCACUCGACCUUCACACGACCGUCUAUCACAGGGGAGACGUCCACAGCGGCACCAAGUUGGACAUCGACGGGCUUCGAGUGCCCGUUAUCACCCAAUUCAUCGUCAACCGAGCGUCACGCCGGUCUCUCAGCGCAGGGGCAGUCCGGCGCGUGUUUGAAUGUCUCCCAGGCUUGAAAGCGGUCACUUGGGAGCCGUGGAGCGGAACAGUUGCAGAGGGCCAGCGGCCUCGUGAGCUGGCUAACCUGGCGCUGCUCGCAAAUCUGCCGGCUACGGUCAAAGACCUCACCCUUUGGGAGUGUUGGCAAGACCCGACAGAUAUGGAGCAUGAGCAUGAAGAUGCUUCACAAGAAAGGCCUGCAGGCUGGCAUGCAUCUCUCUGGAGGAGAGAGGAAGAGAGAACAUCGCUGCGAUUCAGUACCUCGCAACUUAUGGACGUGGUUGCGGCGGAGCCAAUGACAGGGCAUCGCCGUAUGGCCUUGACCGCGGCGUACGCAUGCCGUAACCUGUUUUCCCUCAACGCAGCCGGCAUUAUUGAUGCAAAGGAGUUCUUUCAGAAUCUGGUGCUUCUGGCCGAAGCACAGCCGCGACUGGCCUGGUCCAACCUCAGAAACAUUGCCUUGAAAACUCCACAGGUUCUGAGGACGGACACGAGGGAGGGGCUGUUCCGUGCGGCUGGUGAUGCCGCCGCGCUUAUGCCUAGCCUUCAGGUCAGGGAGCUUUGGGACGUGACCGCUAAUGCUGGAGCCGUGUUCCGGUUCAGAGUGUUUGAGCUGGAGGCAGAGCUUGUGCUAGAGACAACAAUAGGGGCGGAGCUGAGCGACGAGGUUCGUGAGCUUUGGGACAAGGUGGCGCGGCAGCGGAGAGGGAAACACAUGGUUGUAAGAGGACGGGUUCUCUAUGAAGAUGCCAUGAGGGGAUCACGUAUAGGCUUUUUUCAGCGUCUCCGGCUCCUUGAUCAGGCUCAGAUGAGGGAGUGGAACACCUUCAAACUGUAUGAGAGGAUUUGA